UAUUUGAGAAUACAUCCAAAUGUAUCAGUAGGAGAUUUCAUGGACAAAAUACAUGAAGAGAUGAAUGUUGAAGUUUCCGUAAGCCAAGUGUAUAGAGCAAAGACAAUAGCAAAGGAGAUGAUUGAAGGUCAUUACAAAGAACAAUAUGCAAAAUUAGAGGACUACUGUGCAGAACUCAAGAGAAAGAAUCCAGGAUCAACUGUAUUGUUAGAAACAACACCUCAUGAAGAGGAUGGCAGACCUGUUUUUAAAAGAAUUUACAUAUGUCUUGAGCCCUGCAGAAGAGGUUGGAUGACAGGUUAUAGGCCACUCAUUGGGAUGAACGGUUGCUUUCUUAAAGGACCAUAUGGAGGUCAACUUUUGACAGCAAUUGGGAUAGAUGCUGAUAAUGGCAUAUUUCCUAUAGCCUAUGCAGUAGUUGAUAUUGAAAAUAAACAUAACUGGAAGUUGUUUUUAAAUUUGUUGGUGGAUGACUUGCAAAUUAAAAAUCAUGAUAACUUAUGUCUUAUUACAGACAAACAAAAGGGUUUGGAGGGAGCUAUUUAUGAGACAGUUCCCCAAGUUGAACAUAGGCAUUGUUUAAGACAUUUGUACAAUAAUUUCAAGAAAGAGCACAAAGGUUUAUCGUUGAAGACAAGAGUUUGGAAAGCUGCAAGGGCAACUUAUGUAAGUAAGUAUAGAUAUGAGAUGGAUAUGCUGGAAAAGGAGGACAAAGAAGCUAGAAAUUGGUUUAACGAUAAACCACCCAAAUUCUGGAGCAAGUCACAUUUUAGAACAACAACAAAGUGUGACAUGCUUUUGAAUAAUAUUUGUGAGGCAUUCAAUGGGACAAAACCCAUUUUAAGGGCAAGGGAGAAACCUAUACUUGGACUACUUGAAGGAAUUAGAAUAUACCUGAUGAAGAAACUGAACCAAAAGAGGGAAGACCUGCUCAAAUACCAAGGAAAUUUAUGCCCUCGAAUCCGAAAACUAGUAGAAAAAGUGAAGGAAGACUCAGCUACAUCAAUUCCUACUUGGGCUGGAAAAUUUUUAUUUCAAGUAAAGACCAUGUAUGGUGAACAAUUUAGUGUAGACUUGAGUGGAAGAACCUGUUCAUGCAGGGGAUGGGACCUUACAGGAUCCCAUGCUCACAUGCAAUGAGCUGCAUAUUCCAUAUAAGAGAGAAUCCAGAAAAUUUCAUACAUGAUUGUUACAAGAAAACUACUCAAAUGAGGAUUUAUGAGCCAGUCAUUGCUCCAAUGGAUGGACCUGACAUGUGGGAACCUACUAAUCUACCUGAUGUUAACCCUCCUAACUAUGAGCCGAAGAAAAGUAAGUUGAACAAAAUUAGAAGAAAAGAGCCCGAUGAUAUUGAAGCCUCCAAGAGAAAAGCAGUUGAGAUGAAAAAACAGAGAAGAGAGAAAAAGAAAAAAACAAUCUGCAACGAGUGAAAUGCAUGAUGUUACCAAAUUGAGUAAGAAAGGGAAGUUAGGGAGGUGUAGCAAGUGCUUGCAAACUGGUCA